UUCCACACUAAAUAUUUAGAUUCCUUGGUAUGUGCCUGCAAACUCUAAUCCAACAAGGGAGGAGAUCAUAUCAUAUACCUUCCUUUCCUAGAUUCUCUCUAGUGCCUUUACUAAAUCCCUCUACAUCUCUUACCAUCACCAUCCCCAAACGUUAGUUCCUAUUCACAGAUCAAUCUACACGCACAUCACUGUUGUAAUGGCGGACAGUGUGGUUUCCUUUGUAUUAGAUCACUUGUCUCAACUGAUGGCACGUGAAGCAAAGUUGCUGUGUGGCGUGGAAGACAGGAUCAAGUCCCUCCAAAAUGAGCUUGAAAUGAUCAAUGAGUUCCUCAAUACCUCAAAGAGCAAAAAGGGGAUUGAGAAAAAAGUGGUGAGCCAAAUCAGAGAUGUUGCCCAUCUAGCUGAGGAUGUCAUCGACACAUACGUUGCCAAAGUUGCCAUACACGAGAGGAGAACCAUGAUGGGUAGGCUCCUCCAUAGCGUUCACCAAGCAAGGUUGCUCCAUGACGUAGCUGAGAAAAUAGACCAGAUAAAAAACACUAUCAGUGAGAUACGCAACAACAAGAUCAAAUAUGAAGAAUUCCAAGAAAGCAACAGUCAAUCCACAACGAAAGCAGAGGAGGAGGAGAAGGAGAAGGAAAGGGCGCAAUUACUACACAAGCUAAGAAGAAAUGUGGAGGAAGAAGAUGUAGUAGGCUUUGUACGUGACUCCAACGUAGUCAUCAGGCGACUCCUAGAAGGUGGUUCAUCUCGUAACGUUGUCUCCAUCAUUGGCAUGGGUGGAUUGGGCAAGACCACCCUUGCCCGAAAGGUCUAUAACAGCAGAGAGGUGAAACAAUACUUUAGAUGUUGCGCGUGGGUUUAUGUGUCGGACGAGUGUAGAGUCAAGGAGAUUUUCCUUGGCCUUCUUAAGCAUUUGAUGCCAAACCUUGAAUACCAACGUAGAGGCAACACGAAAGGUAAGAAACGCACAAGAGAAUUUAACAUUUCUAAGUUGAGCGAGGAGGAGUUGAAAAAACUGGUGAGAGAAUGCUUGGAGAGGAAAAGGUAUCUGGUGGUCCUCGAUGACCUGUGGAAAACACAAGAUUGGGACGAGUUGCACGAUGCUUUUCCUGACGACAACAAAGGCAGCAGGAUAUUGAUUACUAGUCGUUUGAAAGAGGUGGCGUUGCAUACUAGCCAUCAUCCUCCUUACUAUCUUCAGUUUCUUAGUGAAGAUGAAAGUUGGGAGCUCUUCUGCAAGAAAGUGUUUAGGGGCGAAGAGUACUCUUCUGAUUUGGAGCCUUUGGGGAAACAGAUAGUUCAAAGUUGUCGUGGUUUGCCACUCUCAAUCGUGGUGUUAGCAGGGUUGCUAGCCAACAAGGAAAAAUCAUAUAGAGAAUGGUCUAAAGUGGUGGGUCAUGUCAACUGGUAUCUUACUCAAGAUGAGACCCAAGUGAAGGAUAUAGUUCUCAAACUCAGCUAUGACAACCUGCCAAGGAGAUUGAAACCGUGCUUUCUGUUUCUUGGGAUAUUCCCCGAAGACUUUGAAAUCCCAGUUAGGCCAUUAUUGCAACGAUGGGUUGCCGAAGGAUUUAUACAAGAAACAGGGAAUAGAGACCCAGAUGAUGUUGCUGAAGACUACUUGUACGAGCUCAUUGAUCGUAGUUUGGUCCAAGUAGCAGCAAUGAAGACAAGUGGAGGCGUGAAGACUUGUCACAUCCAUGAUCUUCUUCGAGAUCUUUGCAUAUCAGAGAGCAAAGAAGACAAGGUUUUCCAAGUUUGCACAGGUAAUAACAUUCUAAUCUCCACAAAACCCCGCAGACUGUCCAUUCAUUGUAAUAUGGGUGACUACAUUUCUUCAAACAACAAUGACCAGUCAUGUAUCCGUUCUUUGUUCAUGUUUGGGCCACGUUAUUUUUUUAUUCCAAGCGAGUUGAAAAGACUUUUCAAAGGCUUCAAAUUGGUUCGAGUGUUAGAGCUUGGAACAGACAGUUGUGGAGGAAAGAUUCCAUCUAAUUUGGGGGACUUUAUCCACUUAAGGUAUUUGAGAAUUGACUCGCAACAUGUUAGAAUUAUUCCAGCUUCUAUACUUACCCUUCAGAAUUUACAAACCGUAGACCUAGGUUGCUGGCGUUUGACUAUUCCAAUUUCUUUCCCUGCUCAAAUAUGGAAGCUCAAACAUUUAAGGCAUUUGUAUGCUCCAGGGCCUAUCAAGCUUAGAGGCCACUAUUCAAAACCAAGUGAGGUUAUGUGGAAUCUUCAAACCAUGAACGCCAUUGUGUUGGACGAACAAGCAUCAUAUUUGAUAUAUAAAGGAACUUUCCCCAACCUUAAGAAUUUAGGUCUGAAAAUAUCUUCGGGUCGCAAGGCUAAAUGGCCUAAGUUGUUGCAGAGCCUACUACAAUUAAGUCAUUUGAGUAAGUUAAGGAUUUCCUUUGAAAUGAAGUUGUUUGAAGGUUCAGUGUCCCGAAACUAUGUGAACAGCAUGGAGUGGCACAUUGGUUGUAAGCCACAAGAAGUAUUACAAAGCAUAGGGCAGUUGAGUCAUGUAACUACGCUGAAUAUUCGCAAUGCCUUGGACCUUCUAACAUGUAGGGUCACGUUUCCUCCAAAUGUUAUAAAGUUAACAUUGACAGGUAUUAGUUGUGUGACUGAUGAGGGAAUGGAUUCUUUGGGAAAUCACACCAAACUCCAAAAAUUGAGACUAACCGGAGGAUUUUGGUCAGAUUCCUUUGACCUCAAUUGUGUUGCAGGAAGGUUCCCACAACUGCAGGUGUUUGAGAUGAGUGGUUUGAAAGUUAGAAACUGGAAAUUAGGCAACAGUGCAAUGUUAUGCCUCCAAAGUCUGAUCAUCCACAAAUGUGAAAUGUUAGAUGGCAUUCCAAAUGAACUGUGGUCUUUGAUUGCCUUGAGAAAAGUGCAAGUAAAGCAACCCUCGGAAGCAAUGGCUCACAUGCUACAAAACUUGGAAAUGAAGGAUGGGGUUGAACUUAUAGUUGAACCGAAGGAACGUCAUGAUUCUACUGUAAUAUUAUCUAUGGAUGAAAUUUGGGAGGCAUUUAAUUCACGUGGUAUUUGUUAGGAAGCCAGUUUGUUUGAGGGGGUUUGAAUGUUUCUUUUGUCGUCAACAAAUCAUAUAUUAACACGUGUGUUCAAUAAGUUGAGUUGUGGUUACUUCUCAUAUAAUGAUUAACUGAAUUUGAUUUUAUUUGAGUUUGUAUAAAUUUAAUUUUAUCUGUACAUUGUUUAAAUUUGUAAUAAUUAAGUAUUGUAUU